CCGUGGUCACACUAAUAAAAGAAAUUUAUUUGCAAUUCAAAAUUAGAUCAAAAUUUCUAGAAUAUGCGGUUGUUGGUUCUCUAUGGGAGUCAAACGGGCACUGCUCAGGAUGUGGCGGAGCAGAUCUGGAGGGAGUCACACCAACGGGGUUUCCAGGGCCCGGUGCUGCCCUUCGAUGAGUUCGAUGUGUCCAAACUGAUCGAUGAGCGCCUCGUGGUGUUUGUAGUGGCCACCACCGGCGAUGGAGUGGAGCCGGACAACAUGAAACUGGCCUGGCGGUUUCUGCUCAAGCGCAGUUUGCCCGCCCAAUCCCUUCAAGGUAUGCAGUUCGCCUGUCUUGGCCUCGGCGAUUCUAGCUACCCAAAGUUUAACUAUGCCGCCAAGAAACUGAGCAAGAGGCUGCAGAAUCUGGGCGCUACAUCCGUGUGUCCAGUGGGGCUGUGCGAUGAUCAGCAUGACUAUGGACAUUUGGGCGUUUCGCUUGCCUGGACGAAGGAUCUAUGGACGGCACUGAAGGGCGUCUCUGGACUGGAUGAAAGCAAAGUGUCGGACAGUAACCAAACAUUAGGAAAGUGGUUGGUAACAGAGCUUCCUAGAGACUCACAAAUUACUCCUUCGGAAUCCCUCCACUGGACCCAAAAGCAAACCCCAAAGCUACUCAAAGUCCAGGAAAACCAAAGAACUACAGCGGACAAUCACUUUCAGGACGUUCGUUUCCUGCUGCUUCAAAGUCAAAAUGAAGAUCUCAGUUGGGAACCCGGCGAUGUGCUCGACGUUCAGCCUCAAAACAGCGAUGAAGCUGUUAAAGCAUUCUUUGAUCUGAUCCGCGAGCAUAAACUGAACUUUGAUGAAAACACUGUGGUGGAAAUAACCAGUGCCCAUCCGGAUAUGCCCCUUCCCAAAGCCUACUCCAUUCCUUUAAGCCUCCAGCAAGCGGCCAAAUUUGUUUGGGAUUUAAGUGCCAAGCCGCGGCAACGAUUCCUUGAGGUGCUUGGACAAAACUGCAAUGAUGAAAUGGAAAAGGAGAAGCUAAUGGAAUUCUGCUCCGCCGAGGGUAUAGAUGACCUGGUGGCUUACGUGAACAGACCCCGAAGAAAACUACUGGAAGUUCUGGAAGAUUUCCGACAUGCUACCUCCAGUUUAACUAUACAACAGCUCUUUGAAAUGAUGCCUCUGAUCCAACCUCGUAGUUUUUCCAUUGCAUCGGAUGCGUCUUCUCCUACUCUCGAUUUACUGGUGGCUGUAGUGGAGUACAAGACAAUUAUGCAUACGCCUCGCCUGGGCUUAUGCUCUAAUUGGCUAAAAAAUCUGCAACCGCAAUCAGAGCUUCGUGGAUUGGUCAAAAAAGGAACGAUGACUUGGCCAAAGGAUUUGAGCACACCACUUAUAAUGGUCGGUCCUGGCACCGGCAUUGCUCCUUUCCGUAGUAUAAUCCAAAACCGAUUGCAUGCUAAAUCAAAGGGUUCAUCCAUUGGCCCUAUGGUUGUAUUUUUUGGCUGCCGAAAUAAGACUGCCGAUUUCCAUUUUGAAAAGGACUUUUCCAGCUGGACUGAAACCAACCAAGUGGAAACGUACAUUGCCUUCUCGAGGGACCAGGAUCACAAGGUCUAUGUCCAGCAUCUAAUCACACAGAACGGUGAACACCUGGCAAAACUGAUACAAGACCAAAAUGCAUUUAUCUACGUAGCGGGGAACUCUAACAAUAUGCCAAAGUCUGUUAGGGAGGCCUUUGUCGAGAUUCUCGGUGGCGAUGCGGAUUAUGUGGAUUUGAUGAUCAAACAGCGACGAUAUCAGGAGGAAACCUGGGCGUAAUAUCUACUUUAUUUGUGAAUAGUUCCUAUUUGUACAGUUUUGGACGGAAAUUAUAUUGUUGAACUCUAAGGCCA